AUGGCAGCCAUGAAAACUAAAGGAGAUGUGCAUCUUUCUUUGUUUUCUCAUGUGAGAAUUGAGCAUCUCAUUGCAGGAAUGAGUGGUGGUGCAAUUUCUACAAUAAUUCUCCAUCCGCUGGACCUCAUCAAGAUUCGCUUUGCUGUCGAUGAAGGCAAGAGCUCACUUGCAUCGGUGCUGAGACCUAAAUAUAAUGGUUUCCUGCAUGCUAUCUCUAGCAUUUACCAAGCCGAAGGAAUAUCUGGCUUUUACAAGGGAGUGACACCAAAUGUAGUUGGUUCAACUUGUGCUUGGGGACUUUAUUUCAUGUUCUACAAUGGAAUGAAGACAUGGAUGCAAGAAGGUGAUACAAGGAAGGAUCUUGGUCCAGGGAUCCAAAUUUUACUGGCAGCUCAGUCUGGUGUUGUCACACUUGCACUCACCAAUCCUAUUUGGGUCGCCAAGACAAGGCUGGUGCUACAAUACGAACGCAAAAUGGCCAUGUCUGACCCUCUCAAGAAUUAUUCAGGGUUCUUGGAUUGCCUGGCAAAGAUCUAUCGGUCUGAAGGCAUUCGCGGGUAUUACAAGGGCUUCGUGCCUGGGAUUUUUGGUGUGUCUCAUGGUGCAUUACAGUUCAUGGCAUAUGAAAGGUUAAAGGCAUGGUAUAGUACCUAUUAUGAUCAUCAUUUGGAUACUAAACUGGGCACAUUGGAGUACCUCUCAUUUGGUGCAUUAUCCAAGCUGUUUGCUUCUUCCAUAACCUAUCCAUAUCAAGUUGUGAGGGCACGGCUGCAGGACCAGCACAGGCAGUAUGGUGGUGUUGUAGAAGUAGCAAAGUUGACUUGGCAAUAUGAAGGAUUGAGAGGAUUCUAUAAGGGACUCUUGCCCAACUUGUUGCGAGUGACACCUGCAACAGCCAUUACUUUUGUUGUUUAUGAAAAAGUUUCUCAUUUUUUAAUGAGCAAAGCUUGA